CGCUCCCCGCCCCCACCCCGCCCCGCCUUCUCCCUGGAGGACCAACGGCUCCGCCUCCCAGGAGGCCCGGGACGCGGGUGGCACUGAGGGGAGGAGGCCGUUGCCAAGUCGGCCCCCUGUGACCCCGGGCGCGUGCGGUUGGGGGCAACUGCACGUGUGAUGGGUGUUGAUGGCCCCUGGGACCAACGUGAGAGUGAGAGGAAGUAUGUGGAGGCAAGAGGUCCCCCGCCCAGGUCCUGGGCUUGGCAUCGAAACAGCGAGACAGGGAGGCCGGCCACUACGUGGAGGGUGGAAGGACAGGCCCCCACCCUCCAGCUCUCGCAGCCGGUGCUGAAUAACACCGUCUACAAACCCGUGCCGGAGCAAUCCUCUUCCAUCAUGUCGCAGAAUGGAUACCUUGAGGAUGUAGGCUACCUCAAGUGUGACAUGGAUGAUGCCUCUGAAACCCGUGAGGAGAGCCUGGGGGAUGAGGCCUUCGACACGGUCAACUCCUCCAUUGUGUCUGGCGAGAGCAUCCGUUUUUUUGUCAACGUCAACCUCGAGGUGCAGCCCACCCAGGCUGCCGAGAAUGACUCGCCUGGCGGCUGCGGGCUCCUUCACACCUCACGCAAGUACCUGAAGCUGAAGAACUUUGAGGAGGAGAUCCGGGCGCACCGGGACCUGGACGGCUUCCUGGCCCGGGCCAGCAUCAUCCUGAACGAGACGGCUACCUCGCUGGAUGACGUGCUGCGGGCCAUGCUGUGCCGCUUAGCCCACGACCCCCAAAACACGGAGCCUGACUGCAACUUGGACCUGUUCAUGGCCAUGCUCUUCACUGAUGCCGGGGCCCCCACGGAGGGGAAAGCCCACCUGCUGUCUGAUACCAUCCAGGGGGUCACUGCCACGGUCACGGGGGUGCAAUACCAGCAGUCCUGGAUCUGCAUCAUCUGUACCUCCAAGGCCCUGCUGAGGCGACAUGUGUGCAUCAGCCGUCUGGUUCGCCCUCAGAACUGGGGGGAGAAUUCCUGUGAGGUGCGGUUCGUUAUCCUGGUGCUGGCCCCUCCCAAGACGAAAAGUACCAAGACUGCCACAGAGGUGGCGCGCACGUUCGCCACCAUGUUCUUGGACAUCACCUUCCGCCAGGAGCUCCUGAAGACACGCACAGAGGAGGAAUUCAAGGAGGCGCUGGUGCGUCAGAGACAGCUGCUCACUAUGGUGAGCCAGUGCCCAGCCCUCAGCGCCAAGGGCUACAGCAUGACCUCCAUCCACAUACACAGACCCCCCAAGCCCCUGAAGCGCAAAGAUUUUCUCCCUGUGGGGAAGGGCAUCCGGGAGGACAUUGCCCGCAGGUUCCCCGUGUACCCGCUGGACUUCACAGACGGCAUUAUUGGGAAAAACAAGGCUGUGGGCAAAUACAUCACCACCACGCUGUUCCUCUACUUCGCCUGCCUCCUGCCCACCAUCGCUUUUGGGUCCCUCAACGAUGAGAACACAAACGGGGCUAUCGAUGUGCAGAAGACCAUGGCAGGGCAGGGCAUCGGAGGCCUCCUAUAUGCCCUCUUCUCUGGACAGCCACUGGUGGUGCUCUUGACCACUGCGCCCUUGGCCCUCUACAUCCAAGUAAUUUGUGGUAUCUGUGACGACUACAAUCUGGACUUCAGCACCUUCUAUGCGUGGACGGGCCUGUGGAACAGUUUCUUUCUCGCACUUUAUGCCCUCUUCAACCUCAGUCUCAUCAUGCGUCUCUUCAAGAGGUCAACAGAAGAGAUCAUUGCCCUGUUCAUUUCCAUCACAUUCAUGCUGGACGCUGUCAAGGGCAUGGCCAAAAAAGAGAGCUGGGCCUCAUCUUCCAGAGCUCAGACUGCUGAAGCCUGCUGGCCUGUAUCCACAGUCUUUCAGAAGUACUACUACCACCAUGACUUUGGGACCUACAACACAGAGAGCACUUCCCUGGUGAGCCUGCUGGGUCUCAGCACCGACCUCAACACCAGCCUCCACACAGCCCUCAACAGCAGCCUCCCGGCCAGCUCACUACAGCCGACACCCGGGAGCCACCAGGCUGACCCCCCGGGCCGGGAGACCGCGGUGCUCAGCCUCCUUAUUAUGCUGGGCACGCUGUGGCUGAGCUACACCCUCUACCAGUUCAAGAAGAGCCCCUACCUACACCCCUACAUGCGGGAGAUCCUGUCAGACUGUGCCUUGCCCAUCUCGGUGCUCACCUUCUCCCUCAUCUGCUCCUACGGCUUCCGGGAAAUCAAAAUGAGCCAGUUCCGCUACAACCCUAACAAGAGAGUCUUUGAGGCGGCUGAGAUGCACUCCCUAUCCCUGGGGGCCAUCGCCAGUGCCAUGGGCCUGGGCUUCCUGCUCUCCUUGCUCUUCUUCAUCGAGCAGAACUUGGUGGCUGCCUUAGCCAAUGCCCCGGAGAACAGGCUGGUGAAGGGCACUGCCUACCACUGGGACCUCCUGCUCAUCGCCAUCAUCAACAGCGGGCUGUCAUUGUUCGGGCUGCCCUGGAUCCACGCUGCCUACCCCCAUUCCCCACUGCAUGUGCGGGCCCUGGCUUUGGUGGAGGAGCGUGUGGAGAACGGGCACAUUUAUGAGACAAUUGUGAACGUGAAGGAGACACGGCUGACCACCCUGGGCGCCAGCAUCCUGGUGGGCUUCUCCCUCCUGCUGCUUCCCUUCCCGCUGCAGUGGAUCCCCAAGCCCGUGCUUUACGGCCUCUUCCUCUACAUCGCGCUUACCUCCAUUGAUGGCAACCAACUCUUCGAGCGCGUGGCCCUGCUGCUCAAGGACCAGACCUCGUACCCACCCACCCACUACAUCCGGAGGGUGCCCCAGAGGAAGAUCCACUACUUCACCGGCCUGCAGGUCCUGCAGCUGCUGCUGCUCUGUGCCUUCGGCAUGAGCAACCUGCCCUACAUGAAGAUGAUCUUCCCUCUCAUCAUGAUUGUCAUGAUCCCCAUCCGCUACAACCUGCUGCCCCGAAUCAUUGAAGCCAAGUAUCUGGAUGCCAUGGAUGCCGAGCACUGACUGAGGCCCUGACCAGCAGGCCCGCGCCAUAUCCCUUUCCCUGUCCCUCUGGCUCUUCCCAGACUGAGUCUGCAGCCCCGUGGGGAGAGGGAUGGGGUCUUUUGGGGCGUGGUUCUGUGCUGCAUCCCCUUCCUGCUGUCCCAUCAGGCCUAGGACAUUAGGCAUGGGGGGGGGGGGUUGUUCCAUGGUGGGGGCCCAUACCUGUCCCCAUUAGCCUUUUGCUUGGGUCAGUGACACUGCUCAGGGCAACUUCUGUCCAGAGUAGGACUAAGGACGGAUUUUCUUUUGAUAAAAGAGUCAGAUGUCUGAAAGAGAAACCAUUUCCUUGAUUGUGUAAGGAACUUGCUAUAUGCACACUAGAGAAUAAAGCUCCUGUUUCUAGCUUC